AUGGCUGACCUUGAGACCUCUGGGAUGGCAGACGAUAUCAGCAGCACUGUGGCUGGAGAAAAAAAGACAAUGACCAAAAAGACAAUGACCACAUUUCAGUAUGCGAUCACCAUUGUGUCUCUUCUACUGGGCAUGUUUCUGACAGCUUUAGAUCUGACUAUCAUUUCAACAGCUCUCCCCCGAAUAACGCACGACUUUCACAGCCUGAAUGAUGUGGGCUGGUACGGCUCGGCCUUCUUCCUCACCAUGUGUGUCUUCCAGACACUCUGGGGAAAGUUGUACAAACAUUGUCCCAUAAAGUACACGUUCGUGAGUGCGAUUGUUAGCUUCGAGCUGGGAACCCUCGGCUGUGCGGUGUCAUCCAACAGUGCUGGCUUCAUUGCCGGGCGGGCAGUCGCUGGAUUUGGUGGUGCUGGCAUUAUCUCUGGCACUUAUAUCAUUCUGGCACACAUCGUACCCCCCGAGAAGGUUCCUAUUUUCUACGGCUUGAACGGAAUUAUUUUCACUGUUGCUAGUAUUGCAGGGCCACUUAUUGGCGGCGCUUUUACAUCCGAUGUGACCUGGAGAUGGUGCUUCUACAUCAAUCUACCCCUUGGGGGCAUCGCUGUCGCUGCACUGCUUCUUACCCUCAACCUUCCCCGUUCUGCGCAGCCAGUGAAAGCAUCGCCACUCGAAAUUCUCUCGAAACUUGAUAUCCCAGGUUGCGUGGUCAUCACCGGCGCUCUGAUAUGUUACCUUCUGGCACUCCAAUCUGGCGGGAUCACGAAGCCCUGGGAUUCCGCGGAACCCAUCGGACUAUUAAUUGGAUGGCUAGUGUUAACUCUACUAUUCGCGAUCGUCGAAUGGAUCCAGAAAGACGACGCAUUAGUUGCUUCACGAUACCUGCGCAACAGGGGGGUGCUCAGCUGCUGCGUGUUUGUCUUCUUUCUAAACGCAGCCAACUACAUUCGGGUAUACUAUCUCCCCUUAUACUUCCAAGCCAUCGACAACGCCUCACCCGUCCGCAGCGGGGUUCUCCUCCUCGCCUACAUUGUUCCAACCUCUGUAUUCACCAUGCUUGCCGGAGCCCUCCUUAGCAAAACCGGCUACUACCAGCCCUUCCUGCUCGUCGGAGCCGCAAUCGUCACCGUCGGAUCCGGACUCAUCUGGACCCUCAACAUUGAUAUCACCUCCGCAAAAGCAAUUGGGUACCAAAUCCUGGCAGGCGCAGGCGACGGCAUAUGCGUCCAGGUCCCCGUCACCGCUGUCCAAGCCUUCGUAGACCAAGCCGACAUUGCAACCGUGACGGCCCUAGUUCUAUUCUUCCAACUAGGCAGCGGAGUUAUUGGCGUCGCAGCCGGCGAAAGCGUCUUCUCCAACCAAUUAAUAAAAAAUCUGCCCCGGGAUGCACCAGGAAUAUCUGCAUCCCGGGUUCUUGCCGCCGGGGCGUCACAGCUGGAGAACGUCUUCGGGGCAGAAGCAGUGAAGGGGGCUCGGAAGGCGUAUAUGGCAGGGAUGAAGGAUGCGUGGAUUUUGACCCUGGGGUUAUGCGGAGUAGCAUUUGUGGUGGCGUUGCUAGCACCGUCGGUGUCAAUUUUCGGGAAGACGGGGGUAAGGAGUGGAGAUCUGUCUGAGGGGGAGGAAGGAGAAGAAGAAGAAAAAGGGAAAAAUGGGGAGGUGGUGGAUGUGGUGAUCAAGGCGUGA